CUUUUCGGUUGGAUGCAAAGGGUCCAGGUGGAGCGGCGGGCGAGAUCCAGGACUCGAGCGAAGAGAAGCCAGCAAGGGAUCCGCUACCUCCAAACUUACAGAGCAGAGAAGAUCUGAGAUCUUGCAGAAGAAACCCCGAGGUCAAGACUGGGCGGUGGUGAUGCAAUAGAGGUUUUUCUUCCUUCUUUCCUUAAGGGACCCAGGUGUCCGGUUUCCCCAACCUAGGGAGGUAAGUGCUAAGGUGGAUGUGAAAUAUAUGUUCGGGAGGUGCUGAGUGAUUGAUUUCUAAUAUCUAAGAUUCUCCUGCAUUUCUGAGCCCCAUUCUCUUAACAAACCAAGAACUGAGUAACCAGUUGUUGAUUCAGGUCCUCCAGAACUUGAAGCUCCUCAUUACAUAUGCAUUUCCCACCCCACACCCCACAAAAAGAGAGAAAUCUUUGUCAUCUGCUGCAGAGCGAGCUGGGAAGAGAGCAAAAGAAAAAAGGGUCCUGAUUAUGCCUGUGAAAGACAAAGAGAUACGCAUGGCAUUUAUUUAUCUUUUUGUAUCUGUCUCUUUCAGUCCAAGAAGCUCAGAGAUGGCAUAUCAGGAGUGGGGAUUAUCUGCACAACAACCUUGUGAGGUUUAGUCAUAUACAGAUAGAUGAGAAUUAUUGGAGGCAGUGUGGUGUAGCGGUUAGAGCGUCGGACUAGGACCUGGGAGAUCAAGGUUCAGAUCCCCACUCAGCCACGAAGCCCACUGGGUGACCUGGGACCAGUCACUGCCUCUCAGCCUAACCUACCUCACAGGGUUGUUGUGCAGAUUAAAGGGCAGAUGGCAGGGGGAAGAACCAUGUCGCCACCUUGAGCUCCUGGGAGAAAAAGAUAGAAGAAGCUUAUUCAAGGCAGUAAGCUUUGCUGCUGAGUGGGGAUUUGAACCCAGGGCUUCCUGCAGUGCAAAAAGCCACACAUCUAAAGCUCUGUUGAGUUUGCAUGAUUUGUUGGAUGGUGGUUUGGGAUCUUGGCUGGAAACUCUAGAGCUGUUGCCUAUUCUACACUUCCAGAAGUGAUAUCAGGAGGGAGGUGGGGUGGGAAGGAAGCAACUACUGGAGUUCCAUCUCCAAGGAUGACAUACCUUCUGUGAAAUUGACUUCCAAAAACAGGGAUUCCAGUUCCCACAGUGCAUAAGCUCUCUGCAAGCACAUAGGAGCAUGCGUAGAGCCCCUUCCGACAUGCUGCAAACACCCAAGAACUUGGAGAAGGCUGGCUUCAGCCUCUGGUGCCAAGAGGCAUACCAAGUCCAUGUGUCUAAGUGAAUCCCAGCAUCUAGGAAUUUAUAUCCUUGGAUCUCGUUCUCAACCAUUCCUGUAAGUCGCAAGCUCACAACAGAGAGCAAUUCCCUUUCUGGACAUGCUUGCUUUCACUGCUGAGCACCCCAUUAGUCACUAGCAGAUAGAUGAUUUGUGCCUAUACCAGUUAAGUCUUAGAUUCAUUUGACUGGAUUCUGUUUUCAUUCAGGCUCUGCAUUAGUACUUAGGCACUCCUCCAACCAUCUAACUCUUACACUGCGGGUGUUUGGGGGGCAAUAUUUUUUCUUACUGUGCAUGUAGCCAGGAUAUUUAUACCCUAUAAGUUAUCGCUUUAUGCAUGCUCUGACCCAUAAAAACAUAUGCCGCAGUAAACUUGUUCACCUUUAAGAUGGAGUAAGACUCUAUGAUUCCUGUAACCCACAAACAUGGUUUCCCCUCCAGAAGGACAUCCUGCUGAAACUCUCAACCUCCAACAGAGGCUCCAAGUUCGAUGGGAUCCUUGGCAAAGUGUCCGGAUGGGCUCACGCAGGAGUCAGUGAGCACCCUGGUGGACUUACCUGGCUGAGGUAGAAAAGGCAGUGACGUCAGAACUGCCAUCAGAGCCAAGUGGCAGGCGGCCAUUUAAAUUUCCCACAAUGCCCUGCAGCAAUGCUUCAUUGGAGGAAAUCAAAAUGGUGACUUGGUGGCUUGCAUCCUUGUUGAUCGUAGGGCGUAGGGCAUUGGCAUUUGCAUGGUGGCGGCAAGGAAGUGUGCUUGUUCCCUCUGGAUGAAUUAUCCCCAAUUUCCCACCUUCCUUUAAAAAAGAAAGAAAAAGAGUAAGUUUCAAACAUUUGUAGAACCUGAGACACAUGUACAGGAACUAUCUUCUCAUUUUUGCUAGGAGAGAUGACCCUGAUCUCCUCUUUCAGUAUUUAACUCCUGCCCCCAUUCCUAAAAUACAUGCAGACUCCCAUAGCAUCUGCCCCAGGAUAACACCUGUUGGAGCUCAGCCUCCAUGGAACUUUAAAGAAGCGAUGACAGCUAGUUAACAUAAGAAUAUAAGAAGGGCCAUUCUGGUUUAGGCCAAAGGUUACAUCUGUUCCAGCACCUUGUUCUCACACUGACCAACCAGAUGCCUAUGGGAAGCCUGCAAGACAGAACUGAGUGCAAGAACAACUCUCCCCACUUUUUAUUCCCAGCAAAUGGUAUUCAGAGGAAUGAGUAACCAUGGUUUUGCCAUGAUCAGAUGUGAUGAGCUCAAGCUCUUAAUGCAGCAAGUGAAGCAGUCCUCAGGUGUCUGCAGAGCACAUGGUUCCUGUCUCUCGCCACCCAAGGGAGCUGCAAAUGAACUUCCUGUCUUCUUUCCCCAUUUUGUGAGCAUGUGAAAUCCCAGUUUCCCCUUACAUGGCAACCAGGUUGUAUUCCCCCCAGAGGUGGCUGAAUUCCAGGUACUCUUAAUGUCUCCAUUUAUAAUCCGGAGAAGUCCAAAUACACUUAAGCUGAUUUAGGGAAGGCUAGGGUUUAAUUCAUGCCAGGAUUCUUCCCGGGCAUCUGUUUUUCAGUGUUAUGCCUCUCUGAAGCCUGGAACAGAUGAAGUAAGAACAGAUGAAAUUGUCAAACCACUAAGGAGUAUCUCAACACUGUGAAAGGAAGGUUAGAGACAGGUAUUGACACCUGAUGACUCCUUUCUUCUCGAAAUUGAAGGCCAUCUACAAGGAUGGUGGUUGCCUAUCCCUGUGCAACAUGAACCACCAAACUGGCCUCAGCUCAUCAGCCACAAACCAUAGCCUGCUAGAAGGUCAUUCAAAUUCAUGUUUUGCUUGUUUUCCUGGGAGAGCUGAAAGAUGGGGUUGUUGAGUACAAGGCAGACCACAACACAUUGGAGAAGUGGAUUGUGUUCAGCUUGGUGGGUCACCGGUUGUUGAGGCCCAAUUUUGGUACUAAUUGCACCAGCUCUCCGAUAUUCCUCAAUCCUAGGGUUGCCAUAUUGCAAAAAGUAAAAACCAGGACACCCCACAAAGUUGUUGAGCUUUUGGGCCAUGCUCACAGGUGACUCACAUAACCUGUGUGAGAUUGUGGCCUCCUAAAAAGCACCUUUUUAGGCCUUGCAUGAGAGCAUGAUGCCCCAAAACACACAUUUUGGAACGCCACACAAGUUCUCAGCCCUGGAAGGAAAAGAAAAAAGCUUUUUGGACUGAGAUUGUGGUCCAAAAUCAUGCAAGAUUGUGAUGCCAAAAAUUGCUGCCCUGCUCUCAUGUCAAAAAAUGUGAUGUAACUAAUAAUAAUAUCCAGUGAUUGAUUGGUUUAACAUGUGCACUUAGCUUUCUCAACAACAGUGUCAAGCUCAAUGCAGUUCUCACAAUGAUAACAAUAGCAUUAAAAUAAUAAUAAAUAAAUGACUGCCCUGUGCCAGUUGACUUACUCUGGGAAGGGAUUUUUUCAUACACACACACAUAUACAGACAGACACACCCUCCAGGAGGGACCAAAGCAGCUUCAAAGCAGUUCCAUCCCAGCCAUGUGUUCAGAAGGAUAGUGUGGCUGACAAUGGUACUGAAGCGUCACUGAGAGGUCCACCAGAAUCAACAGGAAUACACUCCCGUUGUCUGUUGUUGUUGUUGUUUAGUCGUGUCCGACUCUUCGUGACCCCAUGGACCAGAGCACGCCAGGCACUCCUGUCUUCCACUGCCUCCUGCAGUUUGGUCAAACUUAUGCUGGUAGCCUCGAGAACACUGUCCAACCAUCUCGUCCUCUGUCGUCCCCUUCUCCUUGUGCCCUCCAUCUUUCCCAACAUGAGGGUCUUUUCCAGGGAAUCUUCUCUUCUCAUGAGGUGGCCAAAGUAUUGGAGCCUCAGCUUCGGGAUCUGUCCUUCCAGUGAGCACUCAGGGCUGAUUUCCUUAAGAAUGGAUAGGUUUGAUCUUCUUGCAGUCCAUGGGACUCUCAAGAGUCUCCUCCAGACCAUAAUUCCAAAGCAUCAAUUUUUCGGCAAUCAGUCUUCUUUAUGGUCCAGCUCUCACUUCCAUACAUCACUACUGGGAAAACCAUAGCUUUAUGUAUACAGACCUUUGUCGGCAAAGUGAUAUCUCUGCUUUUCCCAGCAAAAGUCACACCCCAAAGUAAUCUCACCACUGCAAGUGCACAGGAGCCAGGUUUCCAUUCAGGACAAACCAAGCCUGAGCUCAAUUUAACGUAGGUUCUGUUCCAGCUGCCACUGAGUAAUGCAGACCUCUUCAGCAAUCAGGGUUGACAGACAGAUCCUCUGUGCAUUGGCCUAAUUCCCUUCAAAAGACGUCAAAGCAAGUGACACACUGCCAUGCCAUGAUGUGCAUAGGAUCAGACUGCUAAUUCUUUUUUAUCUUAGCUGGGGUUAUAGAUAAGGAUUUGGCACUGGAUUUCUUGAAAAGAGAAGUGACUCAGGCUUGUGGGAAAGCCGUAGCCUUUGAACUGGAAGGUGUUCUCCUCUGUCCUAAGUCUGCAGGGUCUUGCAUUGUGAGUGACGCUUGUAAGUGACUCUGUGCAUGCUCCUGGGGUGAUCUUGAAUGGUACGAGUUGUUUGAGAGUGGAUCAGGUUGCCUUGCAAGGUGGUGGGUCUUUUUGUUAGAAGUUUUCAAGCAGAGGCUGGAUAGCUGCCUAUCAGAGACAGUAGCAGCUGGGGUGGUACAGAAGAGUUUUCCAGUCACCCUCUGGGCAUGGGUGCCACAGCAGCUUACCUGGAUGGGACCAGGGCAGCGGGGAGGUUAGGCUGUGUGGAUAUAUGGGUGGAUUGUCUGCAGGUGCUUCUGUGCAGUCAAACCUUCCUCGCUGCUCUACCCAAUCCAUCCAGGUAAACUGCACUGAUACUGGUGAUGGGGGGCAGCUGUGCCCCACCUCACCCACUGCCACUGAUCACAGAUUCUCCAAUAGCAGGUGUCCUCUUACAUUGGCAGGGAGGGAUGGACUAGAUGAGUGUGAAGGUCCCUUUCAGCACUGUGCAUUGUAUCCACCUAAGUUCUACUCAGAAUACACCCAUUAAUGGGCCUAAGUUAGCCACACUGAGCAAUUUCAGUGGGUCUGCUCUGAGCAUGGCAAGUGAUGGGUUUAGCCCAUGGGGUCUACAUUUGUUUCCCCUAAAUAAGAUGGCAGGCUGGAGAGGCCUCAUUUACUACUGAAGGGAGACAGCCCUCAAAGCUGGCUCACUCGUUUUCUGCUUAUCCUCUGCCCAAGUGCCUUGCGUUGAGCAUCCAGGGGAAGGGUCAGCUUGGUCUGCAUUGAGUGGCAGUGGUUCUCAGGCAGAAAUGGGCCUUUUCCUGUUCACCUGCUGUGUGAUCCUUUGGGGUGACUGGGACGUUCUGCAGGGUUAUGCUUUCUCAGCCUUUGCAGCCAGCCUCUAGACUAGGCAUGGCCAAACUUGGCCCUCCAAAUGUUUUGGGACUACAACUCCCAUCACCCCUAGCUAACAGGACCAGUGGUCAGGGAUGAUGGGAAUUGAUGUCCCAAAACAUCUGGAGGGCCAAGUUUGGCCAUGCCUGCUCUAGCCUAAGCAGCAAGCCCUGAUCUCCAGAUUGCCAGGGCUCAGCUGCCUGCUGCCAGGUGUGUGUGAUCAUAUCAGUACAGAGAAGAAAGGUGGUGUUUAAUGUUUGAAGCUGAGCAACUGCACUGUGCAAUAGACUUCCAAGCUCGGAGGGCUGUCUGCCAUCUCCCAGCGACAGAGGUUAAAGACCAUCUUGUUAAGAUUGCUGACAAGCUCAUUGUUUUUGCUGGCGUAUAGCAGAAGAGCCUCUGCAAUUUGCAAAUCCCAUCAUGCCUUAGGAAGCAUAACUGGGCAACUUGCCAUCUGCUUCCCCCUCCCCGCAACUUUAUCCCAUCCAGAGCUGUAUGCCUGCUGUGCUCUGUAGAAUCUUCACAGGUAAAAAACAGUUUUCCCAGGUAGGCUUUCCCAGACAGGGAACUGUCUGUUGGACUGUUGGGCCACAUUCACACAAUAUAUUUAAAGCACAAUGAUACCACUUUGAACAGUCAUGGUUUCACUCAAAGGAUUCUGGGAGCAGUAGAUUGCUGAGAGAUGUUAGCAGGCCCGUAUCCUUCCCUAAACUACAGUUCCCAGAGUAGUUUAUCUAACAGUUCGCUCUUCCCAGGAAACUCUGGGAAUUGUAGCUCUGGGAGCGGACUUGGGGUUUCACCUAACAACAGCACUCAGCACCCACCUCAAACUUCAGCUCCCAGAAUCCUUUGAGGAAAGCCAUGACUGUAGCACAAUCCUCUAAAAUUUAAAUAUAUUGUGUGAAUGUGGCCUUGGAUUAGAAUGUGGGGUAUUUGGGUUCACAUAGCCAUGAGUGAAACAGAGGCUGUUUUUCAGUGGUUAGUGUUAAGUUGUGGGUUGACAUAGCAGACGACACAGCGAUUUCUCCAAAGCAGCUCUUUAUUUUGUAAGCUGGAACAGAACUAAACUGAGGAGCUCAGUCAGCAUGCUUAUAUAGAGCUACAGAACAAUUGUAACUGUUGCAACAUUCUAAAACUAUCCAAUCACUGAACAUCACUUUUCGAUCCUUCAUUUGCAUAACUAUCUACAGUAUCCCCCUGCUGGCCCAGGGUGAGAACUUCAGUACAUAACACCCCUCCCCACCGAGAUAAGGCGUUAGUUACAAUCGUAAUGGUUUCCUUAUAUACAGCACUACACGUAAUGGUUCAAUUAGGCACAAAAGCAUAUCGGGUACAUUUCCCAUACUUAGACCAACGGUGAUACAUGUCCAACAACAUAGUCCUUUAAAUUAGUUGGGCGCUUGGAAACUCUGCCAGACUGUCGGGGAUUGGUAGCCAAGUCCGGGGGGCCACACAAUUCUUGCUGAGGCUGUGGUGCGACCCUAGGUGGCAUUGAAACCAAAUCCUCUGGAUCUGCUGCUGUGGGUGGAGCCUCUGCAAGUGGAGUGGUCUGAGCCUGUGGUAAAUCUGGCAGACCCUCUGAAGCGGCUUGGUUCGGCUCCACGCUGGCAGUUUGCGAGGGAGAUGUAGGUGGAGCCUCGCCAUCUGUAAGUGUCUCUUCUGGAGUCACGAGCGCAGUUGGGGGCACCACGGUAGUGUCCAAGUCCCCAACCCUGUGCCUAAGCUGGUCUAUGUGCCGGCGCCACAAGCGUCCGUCUUCGAGUGCCACCUGGUACGAGCGAGGUCCAGUGACUCCCACUACUGUGGCUGGCACCCAAGGAAUGUCCCCCACAUAGUUCCGGGCAAAGACCUGGUUUCCUGGAACAAAUGACCGUGGCGCGUUGGCACAGCCUGGGGGUUCGGCCACGGCAAAGUCUGGGUGCAGCUGGUCAAGCGGUGACCUGAGGCGGCGGCCCAUAAGCAGUUCAGCAGGACUCCGCCCUGUGGCCGCAUGAGGGGUGAUGUGUUGCAUGAACAAGUAUUCGGCGACCCACUCGUGCCAGUCUCCCCGGUCCAGGCGCGCCAGUGCCUCGUUUGCCAAGCGCACCAUUCUCUCCGCUUGCCCGUUGCUGGAUGGAUGAAAUGGUGCCAUUAGCGCAUGGCGGAUGCCCAGCCCCAAAAGAUACCGCUCAAAAGUGCCUGACGUGAACUGCGGUCCGUUGUCGGAGACAAGGACAUGAGGACACCCAUGCGUCGCAAAGAGGCCUCGCAGCACCCGGAUGACGGCCUCGGUAGUGGUGGAGGGCAUCAGGGCCACCUCCAGCCAUUUGGAAUAGGCGUCCACCACUACCAUAAAGGUCCGGCCGUGAAAAGGGCCGGCCAGAUCGAUGUGCACCCUUGACCAGGGUGUCUUUGGCGUCUCCCAGGUGUGUCCCUUAGCUGCCGGUGGUGCAGGCCUCGAUUCUUGGCACGCUUGACAGGCGGACACCCAGGCAGUGAUGGCAUCAUCCAUGUUAGGCCACCAGACGUAACACCGAGCCAACGCCUUCAUUUUGACAAUUCCCGGGUGGCCAACGUGCAGAGCCUCCAGGAUGCAUUGACGGAGUCUUUGGGGAAUCACGACGCGGUCUCCCCACAGCAGACAGCUGCGAUGAGCCGAGAGUUCAUUUUGUCUGGUUGCGAAAGGCUGGAACUCCGAUGCAAAAGGCCCUUGUGGCCACCCCUCCACACCCAGUUGAGCACACGGCUGAUGGUGCGAUCCUGGGCAGAUGCGGAGGCCACAUUGGCAGCCGAUACAGGCGCUGCCGGAAGAUCCUCAAUCAGGAGGAGCGAUGAAGCUGGAGCCGGGUCUUCCACAAACGCUGGAAGAGGGCAACGACUGAGGGCGUCGGCAUGGCCCAUCAAUUUCCCCGGGUGAUGGACGAGCCGGUAGUGGUAGGCAGCCAGGAAAACAGUCCAUCGCAGCAUGCAUGGCGAGAGGACCGGUGGAGUUGGACGAUCACCAGCGAGGAGGCCCAGGAGCGGCUUGUGGUCAGUGAUGAGGUCAAAAGUCCUGCCAUAGAGGUAUUCAUGGAACCUCUUCACUCCAGCCACAAGUGCCAGUGCCUCCUUGUCGAGCUGGCUGUAAUUCCGUUCCGUUGGAGAUAGCAUCCUGGAAAAGUAGGCGAGCGGUGCUUCUCUUCCGUCUGGAAAACGGUGACUAAGGACAGCGCUGAUGCCAAAAGGUGAGGCAUCGCAGGCAAGGACCAGCAGCCUGGAUUCACUGUACUGUACCAGCACACUGUCCGAUGAAAGGAGAGCCUUGACCGUGUUGAAGGCUGCCGUCUCCCGAAGACCCCAGGACCAAGGCGUCUUUGUGCUGAGGAGUCGGUGAAGAGGCUCAGCCACCGUGGCUUUGUGGGGCAGGAACAUGUUAUAAAAGUUCAGCAGCCCCAGGAACGCCUGCAACUCCGUCUUGUUUUUUGGGAUGGGGGCCUGCUGGAUAGUGCAGAUCUUGGAUGUGGUCGGGUGAAGGCCGGAGGCAUCGAUAAGAUAGCCCAGGAACUCUACCUGUGGAACGGCGAUCUGGCACUUCUCCCUCUUUACCUUGAGCCCGGCCUCUUGGAAUCUGGUCAGCACGGCAUGGAGGCGCUCGAACAGCUGCUGGUGUGAGUCUGCGGACACCAAGACGUCAUCAAAAUAUGGUACCACGCCCGGAAGCCCUUGCAGGAGACACUCCAUAAGGCUUUGGAAGAUGCCAGGAGCCACACUCACCCCGAACUGCAACCGGCGGCAACGGAAUGCCCCUCGGUGGGUGACGAUCGUCUUGGCUUCAGCAGUGGCAUCAUCGACGGGCAGUCGUUGAUAGGCUUGGGCAAGGUCCACCUUAGCGAAGACCUUACCCUCACCCAGGGAAUGCAGCAGGUGUUGGACAACAGGAACCGGAUAAGCGUGCUGCUGAAGUGCCUUGUUGAUCGUGCACUUGUAGUCAGCGCAGAUUCUCACCGACCCGUCUGGCUUGACAGGCAUGACGAUGGGGGUUUCCCACUUGGCGUGGUCAACUGGCUCCAAAACUCCUUGGGCGAUCAGCUUGCCCAGUUGUUCGUCCACCUUAGCCUUGAGAGCAAAGGGAACCCAGCGUGGCUUUAGCUUGAUGGGGGCGACUUGUGGAUCAAGGCUAAAGGAGAUGGGCGUACCUGUAUAUUGCCCCAAAGUGCCGUCAAAAACCUUGGCAAAGUCUUUGACCAGACCCUCAGUCUCUGCGUUAGAGAUGCAGUUGAUGCCGGUGACUUCCAGGCCAAGGGCAUCAAACCAGUCUAGCCCUAGGAGGCUUGGCCGCUGACGUUCGACCACCACCAGCCGGAGCAGGCCCGAAAAAUCCUUGAAGGCGAUCCGGAACCAGCCAACGCCUACCACGGGAAUAUCGUUUCCCUGGUAGUCUCUCAGGUGUACGUGGUGAGAGUCGAGUUGCCUUUUGGACACUCUGGGUACCAGUCUUUUGAUGGUGCUCCAAGACACGAUGGACAGGGCAGACCCGGUGUCGCUCUCCAUGUCACAUGGAGCUCCUUCAAUGAGCACCGUGACGUUCAGCUUGCGUCGCGUAGGCGAGUCGGUUUGGCCAAUCAUGGUUCCAGACAGGCAGCGGCAGUUGGUGAGAGUGAAACAGCUUUCCUUGGCAGAUUGGAGUGAAGACUUGGACUUGCGAGUCGGUGAAGGGGGGUGUCAGACGGAGCCGAUCGGCAGACCUUAGCGAUGUGGCCCCUUCUGGAACACUUCCAACAGAUGGCGUCUCUGAAUCGACACAUUCUGGUUGGCCCUUGUACUUCUGUUGGAACUUCCUGCCCUCCCGCUUUGUCUGGUGCAUGUCAUCGUCUUCACUGGAGGAUGCCUCAUCACUGCUGGCCUCUUCGUGAUGCACUGGAACUGGCUUCCUAGCAAGACACGGGCUGCUGGACUUGCGGAUCUCCUGGGCGGAGUGUUCAGCAGCUUCCGAGGCCACAGCCUCCUCAAUGCAAUGGCUUUCUGUAGCGUGAGGUCUGGCUUGGCGAGGAGACGCCGUUGCAGAUGGAUGUUUCGGACCCCACAGACGAUUCGAACCAUCAGGGCAUCGUCUAAGUCUCGGAACUCGCAGUGCAUUGCAGCCUGUCUGAGGGCAGUGGUGUAGUUGUUGAUUGACUCCCCCUCUGCCUGGUUCUGGUGGUAAAACGCAUGGCGGGCAGCAAUCUUGGACGGUUUUGGCACGUAGUGGUUGCGGAGCUUCGCUUGGAUCGUGUCCCAUGGUGUUGCCUGGACUGCUUCAGGCACAACCAAUGCUCGGGCCUUCUCAAACACCUCAGGCCCACAGAGGCUGAGGAAUAGGCCCCACUUCCGUUCCUCUGAUACUGCUGUCAGCUAGUUGGCUUGGAGGUAGCAGUCGAACCGAGCGAGGUAGGAGUCCCAUGAUUCAGAGGCUGGGGCAAACAGCGGUAGCGGCACAAGUGAAGCCAUGAUUCCGAUGCCGGGGUGAAGGGCGAUGGAUGGAACACAGUGCUCUAGCCAAAACAGUCAGCUCUGAAUUGGUUCUGUCCAGUGAUUUCGCUCUGUGAUUUCGCUCUGUGAUUCAGCUCAGUUCAGAGGAUGGCUGCAUCUGGCUGUGCUCUGAUGUCCAUCGAUCCCACCUUCGUCGCCAGUGUUAAGUUGUGGGUUGACAUAGCAGACGACACGGCGAUUUCUCCAAAGCAGCUCUUUAUUUUGUAAGCUGGAACAGAACUAAACUGAGGAGCUCAGUCAGCAUGCUUAUAUAGAGCUACAGAACAAUUGUAACUGUUGCAACAUUCUAAAACUAUCCAAUCACUGAACGUCACUUUUCGAUCCUUCAUUUGCAUAACUAUCUACAGUAUCCCCCUGCUGGCCCAGGGUGAGAACUUCAGUACAUAACAGUUAGAGUGCCUACUUUGCAGGCACAAAGUCCCAGGUUCAGUUCCCAUCAUGCAGAGUUGGGAAAGGCAAAUGUCUGAAACCCUGGCGAAUGCCUCCUACCUGCAAAAAAAGACCCACUCUAAUAUGGAUUGAGUGUGCUCCGUAGCCAUGGAGUGUUGAACUUCAGUUGAGAACUAUGAGGAAACUGACAGGUGAGGGGAAGGGGAUGCUGGGAGAUGGAGCAACUUAUCAAUGAGGAACGAUUGCAGCUCUUUAGGAUGUUUUAGUUUAGAGAAGAGGCAAGUAAGUGGCAACGUGAUACAAGUGUAUAAAAUGAUGCAUGGAAAGGGGCUAGAGAAAAGUUUUUUCUUCCUCUCUCCUAACACCAGAAAUGGUGGGCAUCCUAUGAAGCUGGACAGGACAGGCAAAAGAAAACACACCUUCCCACAGCACAUGGUUAAACUAUGGAAUGGCCACCAACUUGGAUGGCUUUAAAAGAGGAUUAGGCAAAUUCAUGGAGGAUAAAGCUAUCACUGGCUCCUGAACACGAUGGUCAUUAAGAUGAUGAUGAUAUAUUAUUUAUACCCCACCCAUCUGGCUGGGUUUCCCCAGCCACUCUGGGCGGCUUCCAACCGAAUAUUAAAAACAAUACAGCAUCAGACAUUAAAAACUUCCCUAAACAGGGCCGCCUUCAGUUGUCUUUUAAAAGUAAAAUAGUUGUUUAUUGCCUUGACAUCUGGUGGGAGCGCGUUCCACAGGGCAAGUGUCACUACCGAGAAGGCCCUCCUGGUUCCCUGUAACCUCACUUCUCGCAGUGAGGGAACCGCCAGAAGGCCCUUGGUGCUGGACCUCAGUGUCCGGGCUGAACUAUGGGGGUGGAAACACUCCUUCAGGUAUACAGGACCGAGGCCUUUUAGGGCUUUAAAGGUCAGCACCAACACUUUGAAUUGUGAUCGGAAACGUACUGGGAGCCAAUGAAGAUCCUCCACUGUCACAGAAAGCAUGUGUCUGAAUACCAGGUGCUGGGAAUCACAAGGAGGGAGAGCGCUGUUGUGCUCAGGUCCCGCUUGUGAGCUGGUUGUCCACUGUAAGAACAAGAUGCUGGGCUAGAUAGACCAUUGGCCUCAUCCAGAUGGCUCUUCUUAUGCCAGAUUUAAGCUUUUUAUGGCUGUCAGGAACCCUAAAGAGCAGUACACUGCAACAUUUGCUGUAGAUCCCACUUAUGAAGCUCAAAAGACAACAAGCAUGCCCUGGCAACCAUUGGCACUUCUCAGCCAAUCACAUUUCAGCGAAGGAGGAUAUGAGAGAAUGCCUCUUCAAACCCUGAGGGGCAAUAAUGUUCCAAGGCACAUUCACCUCUGUGGAGCCAGCCAGCCAGGGCUUCCUAUGAUAUCAUCAAAAACAAGGCGCAACACUCUUGACUUGACAGCCUGGCUCUAUCGCAUGAAUGACCCUGGAAGAGGCGCUGUCAACAAAGCACAAAUCUUCCUGUCGCCUUCGUCAUGUUCUCAGAGCAAAAGUAGCCAGUGCUUCUAGGUCAAAAGCAAGGAGGUUAGAAGAUCUGGGGUGGGUGGAACAAAACGGCUUGGCAUCUCAUGCUGUCAUAUGAGGCUUCUGUAGUUUAGGCAUCUUGCUAAAGAACUAUUGUUGUUUACAUAUUAGGAUUCUGGAAGCUUAGUAGGGGAAAGGGCUCCCCAUCGAGGCCCAAUCAGUGGCUGGGGAAUUGAAAAGUUUCUUCUGCCCUAGAUUCUGUGUAGGUCUUGGUUGGGACAGGAAAUUAAUCACAGAUCAGACUGGCUCCCCCAAUGCGUCUCCCCCUGGCCCCAAUAUCCUGAGUGUCAUAUGUUUCCCAUGGGUUGCCUCACCCCGGUGGGAUAUUAAUCGACAAGAGAACUUCUCAGGAAAUAUAUUGCAGAUGUCGAAUGCCAAUAUGAUCUAGGCUUAAAGUCAAAUCACACGUUCAUUGACAAAGCACUCUAGCCCUAUAAACCAGCAAGCACUUCCCCUGCCCCUUUAAUGUGCUCUCUGUUCAAAAACAGAGCCUUUUUUCUGAACAGGCCUAAGUUAGUCACGUUCAUUAGUUUCAAUGGGUCUCCUCUGUGUAGGACUAGCAUUGGCUACAACCAGAGUGAGAAUGUAGAGAAGACACUUCCGCUUGCUCUGGAGGGAUAGGGCAAAUGAGAUAGGGCAGCGGUGGCAGAGGCAGAAAAGUGUAGGCUCACCCAAGACAGCAGGCGCUCUGGAGGCAUCUUGCCAAAGGUGCCCACAGAAACUGGAUUAAACAUUGCCAACUACUCUUGUGUAGUCGGCAGGUACUGAGCAUUCCAUUUUUGAUAUGAAACUUUUUUUGGAUUGUGUGUGUGUGUGUCACAGGGUCUCCACACUUCUAUUACGAGGUUCCGUCCAUCAGUAGCCCUGUGCCUCCCUUUCUCCCACAGGCCCAGGUGAAGCUUUUCAAGGGUUGACUGUCAAAAAGAUGGCGCAUUGUCAGGGCCAGCCCACUCAUGAGGCAAGGUGAGGUGACCGCUUCAGCUAGCAGGAUCCAUAGGGGCAGCAGAUCCAGCCUUCAAGGAAUGCAUUGUCUGCUGAUGGUGGUGUGGUGGCAGCAAUGGCUGUGGCAUGCUCCUUGGAGGCCUCUCAGCUGGCCUCUCAGCAGCAGCCCCCAUGCCACCUCUACAGCAGCCUCUUGGUAAAUGGGAGGAACUGCUGAUCUCCUCCCACCCCUGGGGAGAAAAUGGCAGGGGCUGGUCUCUUGGGCUCUGUCCUACCCAGUUGUGAUCCAGCGUGGGCUCAGUUCUCUCCCAUAACAGCCUUUGAUUCCCACUUUGAUUCAGGUAAGGUUGAUUCGAUUCCUUGCCCUUUUUUCCAGACAUAGAUAUCUAUUCCAUGCUUGUCCCUGAUGGAGAUAUUUAUUCUCCCCUUGUUCUUCACUCACCCCCUUUUCUCUGGCUGGGAGUGUGGCAUUUUGUGGUUCGCCUCAGGUGCCAAAAUGUCUUGGGUCGGCCCUGUGCAUUGUCCUGCCCAGUUGGCUUCCAUUCAGACAUCGCUUAAUAGUGUCAGGCCACCAUCAGGUCCCGCAGUAAAUUGGCCUUUAAUUGCCUGCCUUUUGUUGGUCCCCAGACGUCAGUGAGAAUCAUUACAGCUAAUGGCGAGGGGGCCAUCUGAUUUCCUGGCUCACAUAUUCUUACAAAGUUGAGCCUUAAUUUCCGGGAAUCGGGAAGGAGCCCAAUUAUGACAAACUUGCUGAAAGCAAGGAGCGGUGGGGUGGGGUGGAGGGAAGCAAAGUAGAAUGAGAAUUCAAAUGGGUACCCUCUCAUUGCAUAAUCUACUCCCCUCUCCCCAGGAAAACAUCCCAUCUCCAGUCUUGGGUGCUUUUGCCUAGUUAUAAUGUGUCUUUGAACUCUGGACACAUAACUCCUUGCUUAUCUCAAUGGAGGAUAGGGAGGAGUUGGUGUGCAUACAGAGUGAGCCUACUGCACAAAGCUACAAUUCACACUCCUUGCUCCACCAACCUUUGCACUUGUUCCUGCCCACCAUCAGCAUGCGGCCCCUGCAAGGCCGCCCAGAAUGCAAUGCGGCCCUCUGGCAGAAAAAGUUCCCCCUCCUCUGUUGCACAAUUCCUGCUUUUUAUAAUUAAAACCAGCCUGACUGUGAGAUCAAAUUCCAGGAUGAAUUCCUGGUGAGCUGCACAUUUAGCAAAUCCCUCCUUCUAUUCAAGACAGUGUAGAGUGGUCUUCCCAAGCAAGUUUCUCUUCUAGGUAUUGACCUUAGCGAGUUGAUGUUGUGUCCUCCCUAGGAUCCAGUAGACAGAGUGAGGUCCUUAGGCUUGGAAGUGAAUUUCCAACUUUUCCUGCAGUUCUGCAGUUCCUUCAUCAAAGCCAGCAUAUGUCGUAGGAGUGAUUCAACUCAACCAUGCAACUGAGUGUCCAGAAAGGUCUUAUUAUUAUUAUUAUUAUUAUUCACCGUAACAGGGACAGGAGCAAUAGAGUUAGAUCUGCAGCCACUUCCUCCCCAGUGAUAUGAGAACACAGAACAACCGCCGCAACCAGCAACCAUUUGCCGUCUGAUCUGGCAUAAUCUCAUCUCCGUCACCUCUUGAGCUCAUCUCCUUCCAUCAACAGCUUUGCUGUCUCAGAUGGAUCAUUUCAAGGAACAGGGCUGGCUGUUCACGACCUUUUGCACAGGGUGGUUUGGUGAUGUAUCCAGGAAAGUGGCAAUUAGGCUGGGAAACAAAGCCUGUAAGUGAUGCCAUGCGCCAGCUGCCCCCUGCCGCCCCCACGGCUGCUCCCAGGGCACUGAAGAACAUAGGUCAUAGAACAUAGGAGGCUGCCUUCUACUGAGUCACACCACUGACUCAUCUAGCUUAGUACUAUCUUCUCUGACCAGCAGCUGCUCUCCAGGGUUUCAGUUAGAGGACAACCCGACUUGGAAAUUGAACCUGGGAUCUUCUGCAUGUAGAGCAGACACUCUGCCACUGAGUGAUAGCCGUUCCCCAAACCCUGGGAAGAUCUUGGGGCAAAGGAAUUCCUCAUAAUGGGUGGCAGUACUGGAGAUGAACAAAUCUCCCAAUUUUGGAUUCUCUUAGAUUCUCAUUUUUUCCAACCUAAAAUUUGGUUCUCAAAAUACCGUAUUUUUUGCUCUAUAAGACUCACUUUUUCCCUCCUAAAAAGUAAGGGGAAAUGUGUGUGCAUCUUAUGGAGCAAAUGCAGGCUGCACAGCUAUCCCAGAAGCCAGAACAGCAAGAGGGAUCGCUGCUUUUGCUGCGCAGCGAUCCCUUUUGCUGUUCUGGCUUCUGAGAUUCAGAAUAUUUUUUUUCUUGUUUUCCUCCUCCAAAAACUAGGUGCGUCUUAUGCUUUGGUGCGUCCUAUAGAGCGAAAAAUACGGUAGAUUUACAGUUUUCCUUAAAUUCCCCAUGGAAAUUCAUCGGUAAUUUAGUGCGAUUUUCUCCCAAUCUACAUAUUUUUGGCAUGCACAUUUCAUAGAAUUGUAGAAUUGGAAGGGACAAUAAGGAUUAUCUUGUCCAACCACAUGCAAUACAGGAAUCUUCCUUUUCUUUUUUCUGCCCCAUGUGGGGCUUGAACCCACGACCCUGAGAUUAAGAGCCCCAUGCUUUACCAGCUGAGCUAUCCAUCGCUGAUUCAUGGGAACAGGCACAGGCCGCCAAGGUAGACUUUUACCCUGCCCUCCUGCCCAUCAGAUGAUGUCACAAGAGACAUCAGUUAACAGAUGGGUGUAGUUUGGGGGAAAUGGCCCUCUGGGGUGGAGGUUUCCCAUCCCUGCACCAUACCAUCCCGCUUCUUCAGAAAAACUGGGACAUGUGUCCUCUGGGACGUGCUCCUGGGCAAGUCCCAUGACAAUGUGUGCCUUUUUUCAAUGUGAUCUCUGCCCCCUUUUUUCUGGAGCACUUGGCAGGUAUGCUGCACUACAACUUGCUGGCAGAAAUGUCUUCUGAGAAAUUUUGGCUCAGCUUUAAUUGAAAUAUAGGGGUAUCCCAGACUUUCUUUCUAACGUGUGUGAGGGAGGCUCUCCAUCUCCACCCAAUGCACUUUGGCCCUUCGGUGCUUCCCCAUCAUUUCUUCCUUCCUUCCUUCCUGGUGCCAACCUUGCUCCACACCCAAUGGUGCCACAGCCCCGUCCAGCGUGCGUAAGAAUCAGACACACACACCCCAGCAGCUCUUACCACCAAUCAACACCUACGCCAGGGGGCAUUUCAUUAGCUUAUUCCGAUAGCAUGUUAUUAUUGCCAUUGGCUGAUGCAUCUCUUAGCAGGACAACGAUUAACAAUGUCUGAUAGCUUAUGUCAACAGCCGGAUUGUUUCAAUUUAUGGGCAAUAAAUUGGGUGCCAACUUGUAAGUCAUUACCCAUGAGCUUGGGCUUUAUUUGAGUGAACUUUACACAGAGUUGCUAAACUGUAGCAUUAGGAAAUGAGCUUGGGUCAUUUUGGCCGAAUCGCAAUAUUAAAUAAGAGAACUAAAACACAAAAGCGGGAUUAACAGAUGCCCAAAAAACAACACAAUUUUUUAAAAAACCAAUUUUUUUAACAAAUGCAAUGAAAACAGGAAAAGUCAUUGAUGAUGUCAUUGAAGGCAUUGAAGGCAUUAUAGCAGUCUUUAAAUGCCUGGAAGGCUAACAGGCAGAGCAGGGGUUCUCAGUCUUUCUAUCCUCAGGGUCCUCUUGAGAUAGCUGAAAAUUACCAAGGCCCACUAGUCACAAAAUGGUGGUGCAGGGGCAGAGACAGUCACAAAAUGGCGGCAGGUGGCGGAAGAGCUUGGCAUCCUUUUCUGCUGACAACCUGAUCCACCUUUGAAAACAUUGCUAAAUUCUUUGCUGCGGUGAUUUCCUUGCACAGAGAUCCUGAGUUCCAUUUUCCUCAAGAAAAGUGUGCUCUUUUUCUGUGGAGGUAUUUUGACUUGGUCUUUUCAUGUCAAGCAAAUCCAGAGACUCUAAGCGAAGAAGGCUUUUUUGCUUUUACAUUUCCCCCUUAAAAGUAUUUUUACCCCUGUCAUGUAUUUUCUUCUCCCAUUCUCCUUGCACAUUCAAAUUGUUACUUCUCCCCCACUCACCCAACUGCCAAGUUCUUCCGUUCCUCCUCCCUCGUUCUUUCACAUUACGGUACUUCUUUCUCCUCUAACAGCUUUCCUUAGAGCGUGAGAAGAGCUUGCUGAAUUGGGCCAAUGGUGAAUCAAAAAUCUGCUAGCAGGUUUGGACCACAGCUUCCAUCAUUAAUGAACGUUGGCCAUGAUGGCUGGGCCUGAUGGGAGUUGGAUGUUUAGCAACCUCUGAAGGGAUCCAGGGUGGGGAAGGAUGGGUCAGCCCUUGAGCUUUAUGGCUCAACAGGAAUUCAAGGUGUCUUCUUAUAGGUCCAUCUUUCUCUGCACCACAGCCCAGGCUCUCUCUGCCUCUCAAGCUUGUCAUCACAAGGAAUUCACUCACCUGUUCACUUGGGGGGAGGGGCAACCUCCUGAUAUCUCCAGAACCAGUUUGUAUUAAUAUUUCAUAUGGAAGGAUGUUUGCAGAACAGUUUAUCUCCUUGCUGCUUUAUACAGAGGCUGUUGUAUUGAAGUUUUAUUGUAUUUGACCAUGUGCCUUACUGUCUGAUAACAUUGUUAUUUUAUUGCUUUAUGCUUUGAACUGUGAUUUUUAAUGAAGGGUGGUAUAGAAAUUAAUUGAGCAAAUUAGGGCACAGUCACGCAAAGUAGAGCACAGAGACAGUAACCCAGUCACGGAAAAUAAAUCUUAUUGAUUUCACCCCUUCUGUCUUCUGAGAUUUCAGCAGGCAUUUUGCACACGCUUUUCAGUACAUCUUUGUCCACAAGGACUAGAAACCUGCCUUAAAAAGCAAGCAGGUAUUCUGUGCAACUGGAAUCCUGUGCUUCCUUGCACCCCUUUUGAUGUGGUUCACCAGAAUGGUGGAAUAUAUGUACAAUUGUGUUUAUAAAAUGCACAUUGCUUCUCUCGGGAACUGCAUUGCAAACUUCGGAGGAGUGUGAAUUUUGAAGGAAGACUGUGUUUUUGUAGGUGGAGGUCAACCACCAUACCCCAGCACUGUGGUUCUGAUCUGAAUCUAAAAACUCAAUGCUCAGAUAUUAAGAGACAGCUGCAGAGAGGGAAAGAAAGUGAGUGAGUGUGAGAAAGGGCAGAUCCACACCAUGCCUUUAAAGCACACCCAGCACACAUUUAAAGCACACAACUCCCCCCAAAGAAUCCUGGGAAAUGUAGUUUGUCAAGGGUGCUGAGAACUGCAUCUCUGGGAGGAGGAAACUACAGUGGAUCUAUCCACAGUGAGAGUGAGAGGGAAAAGAUAGGCCUACUCCUAUGCGUAGGAAGUUUGUUUGAGCUACCCUACAUAUUGCCCCUAGAAGAAGCAAAUCAAGAGGUCUGCCAUGCGUCACCGAGUCUCAGACAGGUGCUUUCGUAGAAGUGGCAGCUCCUUUGUGUCUCUCGAAGCGGCUUUCGCAAGCGUCCGCUCUGUAAAGAAGAGAAAGAACAGAGAGAAAUAACCCGUGCGCAAAUCUGCAAGAUUCAGAGCUCCCAUUUCCAAAGCAAACAGCAGUUCUGAGAUGGAAAAGAGUUUCCUCUGGAGUCCAAGCAGGCCCCCUGCCACUGUUUGGGGGCUAGCAUUUGUUAUGGAAAAUGGUUGUGUGUGUCCUCCCCUGCCAUCACAACGACCCCCAUCCAUCCUUGCGCUUACUCAAAGGGUUUAUUGACCUUGUUUACAGACAGCUCCAAAUAUUUCUCCUAUCUCUCAUUUUCGUCUUAAAGUUGCCGUUCUGAUCCCAUUCCCUAGCCUGGGACAAACAAUGCAGUGAGUCUAGCCAUCUGCUGCUCUCUGUCCAGUCUGUCCAGAGAGUCAUACUGACUAAGUACUUCUGCCAAGCGUCCAAUGAAGGUGCUGCUGCUGCUGCUGCUGCUGGAACUCCCAAUGUUAAUCUGAGAAAUUCAUCUCUCUUUCUAGAGUCAAGCGGGUUGCGUGGCAAGACCCUCAAGCUGACCCCCCCAUUAAGAUAAAUAAAUUCACACGGACAGGGAUAUUUUGUUUAAGGUUUCUGGGCAAAAAUUUGGCCACAACUUUAUUGAUUACAGGAAUGAGAGCGGUAUUGGCUUAGGCAUUGGCAAGACUAUAUCUGACUCCUGUCCCCUUUGCAGGAAGUCUGUAAGGGUAAGGCACCCAAAGGGAAAUUGCUUCGGGGGAACCCGCCUCCAUCUCUCCUGGUGUUCCCAGGCAUGGCCCUCACCCUUCAAGCGGACCUCGGACAGGAACCAGGCCACGGCUUCCUUUAACGAAAUACCCUUGAAACUGGAGGGGCAGGUGAUGGCCAACCUCCCCUCCCCCAUUCACAAUAAGCCAAUGCCUAACCGCCAAACCUUACAAAGUUGUGAUGAUUGCUAAGAGGUAGGCAAAAACCAAGUGGCCUGUGCCAAAUUGCCAGAUGGGAAAAAUUCCUACCUGGCCCUCAACGCGAAGCAGGAGCCUGGCACAUGCCGUGCUGCUGCUUUUAUACUUUCCCCCACUAUCACCCUUUGACAUGAUUGGGCAAUAGCCCUGGGUAAUUGUGGUGCCACCCCGCCAUGCGUGCGUUAGUUCCACCCAUGCUGAGGGGGGAGAACCAGGUUGAGAGCCUGCCCGCAAACAGGACCAUCUAUUAAGGUGAUCCCAUUUAGAGCAGCGACAAUAACAUUUCCUGCUCAGCCACAAACCUUGCUGUGUGUCUCUAGACCAGUCACCGGCUCUCAGCCUCACCUACCUCACAGGCUUGUUGUUGUGAGAACAAAAGUGUAGGGUUCUUGCAUUCCAGCCUGCGUUGCCCAUGCUCACAUGGGCAUUGUGCCACCGAGCCUCAGGUGAAGAGAGCCAACAGGUGUGAAGGGCAGCUGUGCUCAUGUGCCACUUGUGGGUUUCCUGGAAUCUUUGGCCUGUAGGGCUGGCCCUGUCGUGAGACAACUUCAGCCUCUGCAUGCCCCCUGCAGUCAAGUGCCACCUUCACACCACAUGCUGCAGCCACCACCACAUGCCCACCUCCGAAAACAAUGUCUGCCACCUCCAUGGAAGCACAGGCACCAUCCUGUUGUCAUCACUGCGGCGCUGGAGGUCGCUCACUGCGCCAUCAUGACACCCACAGUGGGCACUGAGCGCCCACAGUGUGGGGCCCAAGUCAGCGCCCCUGUCCAUGGGGACUAGUAUUUGCCAGGCUGAGGCCUACCCAGAUGGGUGGGGUAUGAAUAAUAAAAUUGUUAUUAUUACUCCUACUCCUCCUGUUUUUCCCUUUACCUCAUGGCCUUGAUCCUUCUUAGGAACGGACCUUUCGCCAGCACAGACCGCCAGGAGGGGCAAAAAGAAGAUGGGAAGGGGAAAAAAGCCAAUGAUUGCCCAGGGCAUGGUGCCAAGUGUGCCAGGAUGGUUUAUGCCAGCAGGCUGGUGCUGGACCAGUGCCCAUAUCACUCUGUCCAAACAUAUGGCUGCAGGCUUUGUAAACCAAAAGUGCCUGUUGACCUUUUCUGGGGAUGCUGCCAGGCUGGAAGAGAUUGUUAUAGAUCAAAGCCAACUCUGGAACGAGCUGAUUCUUGCAGUUGGCACAAAGAGAGAGAGAGAGAAUAAAGUAACACCCUAUUAAUAGAGAUGGGGAAUUGGGUGUAAUGCUAAAGAAUUCCUACCAGCCAUUUGUAGGAAUGCAUCGUCUUCUCCUGUGACACUUAGCCCGAAUUAUUGUGUAGGAACACAGGAAGCUGACCAGGCCUGGUUUUCGGUUUGAUGAGGCCCUAAGCUACUGAAGGUAAUGGGGCCCUUUAUAUGUCCAGCUGUCCUUUGUCAACAACAAAUUGUCGCUGUUUUUUGUGUUGAAUAUAUGCUAUAUGGUAAUGUAUCGACCUGUAGGGACGCGGGUGGCACUGUGGGUUAAACCACAGAGCCUAGGGCUUGCCGAUCAGAAGGUCGGUGGUUUGAAUCCCCGCGACAGGGUGAAAUCCCGUUGCUUGGUCCCUGCUCCUGCCAAUCUAGCAGUUCGAAAGCACGUCAAAGUGCAAGUAGAUAAAUAGGUACUCCGGUGGGAAGGUAAACGAUGUUUCCGUGUGCUGCUCUGGUUCAUCAGAAGCGGCUUAGUCAUGCUGGCCACAUGACCCGGAAGCUGUACGCCGGCUCCCUCAGCCAAUAAAGUGAGAUGAGCGCCACAACCCCAGAGUCGGCCACAACUGGACCUAAUGGUCAGGGGUCCCUUUACCUUUACCUUUAAUGUAUGGACCUAAUAGGUAUCUAAAGCCAUCUGCACAUCACAAAAUAUGUAUUUUAUCAAAGUAAUUGCUGAACUGAAAUACAAUUAAGAAGUAUACUAAUAGUGAAAUACAAUUAAGAAGAAGUUUAUUAAUAGUGAAAUAAUGAUUAAGCUCUAACUUAAAAUGAUUGGGGGCCCAUUACUUACAUAGUAGGAGCCUACACAACAGAAAACAAUGUUGCUGUAUGUAGGUUUUAUUUUAUUUUAUUUUAUUUUUAUCUUAUAUUUUGGAAAUGUACAUCCAGUUUUAUUUCACCUUUAAAUUUUUGGAGGGCCCCCAAGAGACAGUGGGGCCCAAAGCUAUAGCUUGUUUAGCUUACACGUAAAUCUGGCACUGAAGCAGUGGCAUCUGUGGCUCCAUGCUAAGCUGUAAGAAGCUAUCCCUUCUUGCACACAGGGCUGGCACAUCCGCAAGGCAAGGUGAGGUGACUGCAGGAUCCACAGGGGCAGCCUGUUGCUGCCACAGUGGUCGUGACAGCUGUGUCGUGUACUUUGGAAGACAGAUCUGCUUUCUCCUUGGCAGCCCCCCCCCCCAUGCUGCCACUACAGCGGCUGCUUGGUGAAUAGGAGGCGCUGCUGGUCUCUUCCCACCCUUGUUUCCAAUGUAGAGCUUCACUCGCUCCUUCUGCUUUUUAUGGUGCUGGUUUUUAUGAGGCCCUAGGAAUGAAGAAUGUCCUUGUGUGCAUCCCUCGAAGGAGCCAGUUCAGGCCCCAGUGCAGAACUGAGAAAACAGGGAUGAAUAUGGUAAGGAGCAAAGCCUGGGAGUUUUAUAGAUGCUCUGGCAUCUCCUCUCAGAGCAAGGUUUCCUCAGACCUUGCUUGGAUAACCUUCAGCCACCAUGGCGUGUAAAAUCAAUGCAGAGAAGAAGAAGUCCAGUUUUAAUACCCUUAAACUACUGGGCUUCCAGACUUGGGGAGGAGAAAAAUGUAAAGAAGGAGGCAGAGGCACCAGCCCCAGGGAAGGAAAGAGACAUUAUUUUAUUUUAUUUUAUUUUAUUUUAUUUAAUCCAUUCCAUUCUAUUUUACUUAUUUCACAGAAUUUACAUGCCACUUGGUUGUUAAAAACAAACAAACAAACCUCAAAGCAGUUUGCAGCCAUUAGGAACAACAAGAGUGGAGUCAGCUAUGCAGUUGCAAAUAAAACAUUUUAAAUGUGUUGUGAAGUGCAAUAUACAAGUGUGACACUAGAUGGCGAAAGUGAGCUAUGCAAAAUGCAAUGUAUUUUUCAAAAUGUUUUUAAUAGGCUUUUUCACAAUGUUUUUUAAAAAUAUGUGUGCAGAUUCCACCAGCGUAGCCCCAUCUGCACUUUCUUUAUUUAUUUAUUUAUUUAUUUAUUUAUUUAUUUAUUUAUUAUUUCUAUAACACUCUUCAUCCAAAGAUCCCAAGGCACUUUACCAUAUAAAGACACAGAAAUACAUACCACAGUAACAAACAAAACCAAUACACCCUCAACAGUUUAAUUAGUCAAAGGUCUAGAAGAAGAGGAAUGCCUUUGGCUGGCAACUAAACUAUACAUAAUGAAGGCACCUGGUGAGCUUCCCUGGUGAGCGCAUUCCACAUGCAGGGAGCCAGUGCAGAAAAGGCCUGUUAUUGUGCUGCCACCCCCCCCCCAGACCUCACAAGGAGGAGGCUCACGAACAAGGGCCUCAGAUGAUGGUUGCAGGGUCUGAGUUGCUUCAUAUGUAGAGAGAGGUGGUCCUUGAGGUAUUUUGGUCCUGAGCCAUUUAAGGCUUUAUAGGUCAAAACCAGCAUUUUGAAUUGGACCCGGAAACUAAUUGGCAGCCAAUACAGUCAGGCCAGGAUCAGUGUAAUAUGCUCAAACCAUCUUACCCUGGUGAGCGAUCGAGCCGCCAAAUUCUGCACCAGCUGAAGUUCCCAAACCAUCUUCAGGACAGCCCCACACAUUGCAGCAAUCUAACCUUUAGGUUACCAGAGCACAGACAACAGAAGGUAUGCUAUCCCUGUUCAAACAGGGGUGGGCCACAAACAGAAGCUGAUGGCAGGCACUCUGCCCCACAGACACAAUGAUACCAAUUUAAACAGUCAAAAUCCUGGGAACUGUAGUGGAUUAAGGAUGCUAAGUGUUGUCUGCACACCCCUAUUGCCCUUACAUUCCCAGAGUAAUGUAAAAAAUGAACUCUGAGAACUGUAGUCCUCUGAUAGGAAUAGGGGUCUCCUACAGCUCUCAGCACCCUUUGAGGGAAGCUACGUCUGUUUAAAGUGGUAUGAUACAGCUUUAAAUGAAUGGUGCAGAUGGGGACCUUAAAGACAGAGAAUAAACCAGGCAUGUGUUAUUUCCCAAGUAUCCACAGCAGAAAACUCCUGAACCAGAGCAGUCAGUCUGGCAGAGAUUGGAACAGGCUGGCACAGAAAGAUUGGCUCCAGACCUACCAAGGCUGACAAAUAAAUGCUGGGUUUGAUUGGCUGCCCUAUCAAUUUCUCCCUGGCUCACAUGUAUUGCAAAGCAAAUAAAAAAUAAAUAAACUUUCUUCACCUAUUCUUGGCUGACUUCCAGUCCCUGGCUGGAUUACAUCUUGUCUGCCCUACACAGGAUCGCUGCGGGGGGUAAAUUCGGAGGGUGGAUUGAAAAUGGUUGGCGAAGCAAACAGAGAAGCAGAUGCUCUGGUUGCCAUCUUGUCUCAGCAACCUUCAGAUAUAUCGCAGGUCUUAUCCACAACCUUUCAGUGUGUGUGUGUGUGAGAGAGAGAGAGAGAGAGAAUGAGUGAGAAUAAAUCCAGUUCUCAUUUAAAGGCAAACCUACAUAAUUUGCACUUUCUGAAAUAAUACCUGAGCAAACACAGCAUCCUUUGAAAUUUGCCAAUCUCUGUAUUUUGAGAUGCUGUUCUUUACCCAACUCAUAUGUAUAAAGCCGGAACACACUGGAACUCAGUUCCGGCACCUCUCAGGUGGGUGCCAUUGUCAUUCUAAGAGACUGAGGGAGUUCACGAUGAGUUCUGGCACCUCUUUUUCUAGAAAAAUAGCACUGCAUAUACUCAGGCGAGGUGUGCAUAAGAAUGCACCCAUUAGUGAAAACAGCAGACCAAAACCCAUUAUGGAAAGGAAAGCUGCUUUGCAAAAAUGUGCCAUAGUUAUCUAUAUAUGUGCAUAUUAGGAAUUUGCACUAAAAUGCUGGUGAACUUCCACAACAUUUUUAAAAAGGAAAUGUCUGAGGGCAACCGCUCAGCAUCAGAUUUAUUUCCCCUCCUCUUUCAUUCUCCUCACAAACGGCUUCUCUCACACACCUUAUCUCCCCACACAGGUGAAAAAGCAUCUGGCAUGCCUUCUGGUGUUUACCUCUCCAUCUACCUGCUCACCAUCCUGACGGGCUUUCCCACCAACCUUCUGGCCCUGUAUGCCCUCAUCAAGAAGCUGAAGACCAAGGCCACACCCAACUGUGUCCUUCUCCUCAACCUCACUGUUUCUGACCUCUGCUUCCUGGCUUUCCUGCCCUUCAAGGUGGCAGAGGCGGUUGCCGGGCAGUGGCCUCUCCCCGCUCCCCUAUGUCCCCUCAGCGGCCUCUUCUACUUCAGCACCAUCUACUCCAGCACCCUCUUCCUCACGGCGGUGAGCGUGGAGCGCUACCUGGGCGUGGCCUACCCCAUCCACUACAAGCUGAGGCGCCAUUCGGCUUACGCGGCUGUGGCCAGCCUCGGCCUCUGGGCCUGCUCCUUUGCCCAUUGCAGCAUUGUGUACAUCACUGAGUUUCAGCACAACAAUACAGAGCCAGACAACGGCUCCCAUAAGAACUGCUACAAGAACUUCACAGAUGUCCAGCUCGCCAUCCUGCUCCCUGUCCGCCUGGAGCUUGGCAUCGUCCUCUUCCUGGUCCCAUCCUUGCUCACUUGCUUCUGCUACUUCGGCUUCAUGAGGAUCGUGAUCUCCUCGCCGCACAUCCGCAGGAGCAAAAAGCAGCGAGCCGUGGGGCUGGUGUCGGCCACGUUAGCCGUCUUCAUUGUCUGCUUCUCGCCUUACAACAUCUCCCACGUGGUGGGCUUCAUCCAGUGGGAAGAUCCACGGUGGAGGGAUGAGGCCUUGCUGCUCAGCACUUUCAAUGCCAGCUUGGAUCCGGUCAUCUUCUACUUUUCUUCCUCUGCAGUGCAACGUUCAUGCUGGGGCUUCCUGACCCGGGUAGAGAGGGUCUGUGCCUUGCCUUCAGUGAUCCGCAAGGUGUUCUAUAGAGAGAGUGAAAAACUGGGGAGAGCAGGUCCCCAGGAGGCAGUUUGCUGUUCCAGGUUAUGACCAUCUACAUCUAUGGACAUGCCCAGAGACUGAGACUUUCUUUGUGGGCCAAGCAGAUACUACAACAUUUGAUUUAAGUCUGACAGAAAUGGCUCCAGGCCUCCGAAACUGAAAUCUCAGUAUCAUGCACCUCUGCAGUUUCUGCACCUCUGAGGCUAGCUGGACUGUGCCCAGAGAAGCUCCAUAAGUCCUUUUCCACGCUGGGUUGAGGAAUCAUAGAAUUGUAGAGUUGGACAUCUAGUCUAACCCCUUGCAAUGCAGGAAUCUUUUGCCCAACAUGGGGCUCGAACCCACAACCCCGAGAUUAAGCCUCUCCCCUCUUGGUUCUUGGAGGCUAGAAGUAAUGAUGGGUGAGAGCCACUUCCCUCCAGUUUUAUUUUGAAUAUGUUUUGAAGAAAAUAAGUGUAAUUUGGUGAGUGCAUGUAGGAUGCAAGCUCAUUCUGACUAGGCACCACUGUCAUGAGCUCCACAAGGCAUGGGGCUCUCCCUUCUCCAUUCAUUGAGCUCCCAUGCCACCCAUGAGCUUCCCCCCAUCUCUUGCUUCUUGUCUGUUCCCCAAAGUCAGCCAGUGGUGAAUGUGGCUUACAAGGCCUCCACUAGGUCCUAGGCCAGGCAUAGGUGAACUCGGCCCUCCAGAUGUUUUGGGACUACAACUCCCAUCACCCCUGACCACUGGUCCUGUUAGCUAGGGAUGGUGGGAGCUGUAGUCCCAAAACAUCUGGAGGGCCGAGUUCGCCUAUGCCUGCCCUAGGCACUGCUCUGAUAGUUAUGGAGGAGACAAAUAAAUCAGGAGCCAUGAGAAAUGUUCCCAUAGCUCCUGAUAUCCUGGAUGCUGCUCCACAUGUUCCUAGCGGCAUUGUGGAGAUGGCUCACAGCAGGGCGAGGUGCUUGGUGAUGCCUGGCGGAGACUCAUACUCUCCAACUGUUUCCAGAAAAGGGAUGAUGUGACACUGAGCUCCUAUUUUCCUUGCUCUGCUGGAGAAGGGGCAUAUAUGUGCUUUUCGGCACUCAGACUCAUUUCUGGAAAAGGAUUUUCUGAAGAAACAAGGACUCUGUUCGCUGCCUCAAAGAACGCCAAGUGUUAAAACUGUAGAGAAUCAUGUUCCAUGUUUGUGUGUGGUGGUGUUGGAUGGGUGGGGGGCCAGAUCCCAUCGAAAGUGACUUCACAAAAGAAGGAGGGUGCACAUCUCCCCAAGGAGGGUGGGGGAACCUGAAUGCAUGUUGUCUACUUUGCAUAUUAACCCAUCAGUGCCAAAAGAGGAAAUACGAUUCUACGGUUCAUGCCUUGGCACUUUCUUUUUUUCGUUUUUUGUCAUGUUUGAAGCUGCUCUCAAGAUGUGUGAGAAAUAUAAGAGGCCCUCUGGGCAGCCAGGAUGGUCCCAAUGUGUCCUGUUAACACCUCCCAGAGAACAUGCGAGGAAGCACAUCCUUUUUACUGAAUGCAAGUAAUUUGAAGUGGCAAGAUGCAGUGAACCCGUGUAACACAAGCAGGAGUUGCUAAGGAGUGUGGGAAUGCUCAGGGUGGCAGGAGAGGAUAUAUUGUUUAUUAAUAUCCUUCCUAACUUGUGCUAGCAAGUCCCUGUACUUAGCAGAGUUUACUUUCCCCUUCUAACAUGCAGCAGAUAGCUGGUUGCAGGCUUGUGUAAGCCUCUCACUAUCAUACAAUUCAGUAUUGAAUUGUAUGUCCCUGGUAAGUUCCCUUUUAUCCCUCUUAAAAGAAUAAAGACAUGACAAUCUUAUUGAAAGUUAAUAAAAUAAGUUUACUCACAUUCAGUUCACAGUUGGAUUCCUGAAGACAGACUUAGUUACAAAUAUGUACAUGUGGAUCUACCCCAUAUUGGGGGGGUUAAUUCCAGUGACUGCAGACUGGCGAAAGGAAGAUGGAAAAGAGAGAGAGUGGUAGCAUGCCUUGUUCUUUUGUUACCUGGACAGGUAAGGUCACACCCACAUCUAGUCACAUGCAAAGGAAGGAUGCUCCAGCCAGGAGGAAAUAGGAAGUUUUUGACUGGCUGGACCAAACAUUCUCCCGCAUGUCUUCUCUAGGAAAACAAAGAAUGUUGUAUUUGACUGCUCCCAGUGGAUUACAUCCCACAAGGAUUGAUGGUUAAUGUUAACCAUCAUUAAUAAACCAUAGCUAAAACAGACAUGGAUUAUCAUAAAAAAACAAAAACAUGACCAGCAAGCUUUGAGAGCUUUUUGAAACCUUUGCUGCUUCUCACUCAUAGCUCUGUUGUUUUGGGGGCAGUGAUAACUCCUUAACUAUUGUUCAGUGAAAAGGCCAGGUUUACAUGUAAAAAGGAACUUUAUGAACCAAAUACAACCCUUGGUUAAUAGUUACUCAACCAUUGCUAAGCUACUGUGCUAGGUUCACAAAAGCCAUGGUGAGAACCAAGGGUAAAACAUGGAUAAAGAACAGGACUGCUCUACCAUUAGGCAGAGUGAGGCAGUUGCCUCAGGUGGCAAAUGCUGGAGGUCCACCAACCAUUGUCCCAUAAGGGAACCUGUAUUUGCUGUGUUUGUGCUUAAGAGCGUUACUUUUUAUUGUAAUAAUGUGG